CAGUUUAUUUAAGCUAGCAACAUCCUGUUAUUGUGCUUUUACACCGAAAAUAGUGGUAGACUUUCUAGAAAGAUAGUUUCACUUCCGGGCCGGAAUCGACACCUCAGUUGCUGUCGUUUAUCUGCUCUCCCCAGCUCGUGAAUCAUAUUAGCACAAAUAUUUUGCUUUUUAUCUACGACGACAUUGCAGCAUUUUAAUCGCCGAAUAGCUGAAAUGGUCUUCAAAGUGACUGUCACCAGUGCCCGGAGGGCAACUAGGACGAUGUGGCUGCUGGUGCUCGUGAGUCUGUCUGUGAGCAUCUGUGUUUGCAGAGCAUCUUCAUCUCAGGAGGAGGAGGACAGUGCCAUGGAGAACAUCGUUACGGAGAAAAAAGCCGAGGAGAGCCACCGGCAGGACAGCGUGGACCUGCUCAUCUUCAUCAUGCUCCUCACCCUCACCAUCCUGACCAUCUGGUUGUUUAAGCACCGGCGAUUUCGGUUCCUGCACGAAACUGGACUAGCGAUGAUUUAUGGCGUACUCGUCGGCGUGGUCUUGCGCUACGGCAUCCACGUCCCUCGGGACAUCAGCAACGUCACGAUGAGCUGCCACGUUAACGCCAGCCCCGCCACCCUGCUGGUCAACGUCAGCGGCAAGUUCUACGAGUACACUCUGAAAGGAGAGAUCGGCGCCAAAGAGGUCAACGACAUACAAGAUAACGAGAUGCUGCGAAAGGUGACGUUUGACCCCGAAGUGUUCUUCAAUAUUCUCCUGCCGCCCAUCAUCUUCCACGCUGGUUACAGCUUGAAGAGGAGACACUUCUUCCGUAACAUGGGAUCCAUCCUGGCUUACGCCUUCAUGGGGACAGUGGUUUCCUGUUUCGUUAUUGGGCUGCUGAUGUACGGCUGUGUGCUGCUAAUGAAGCAGGUGGGACAGCUGGACAAAGACUUCUUCUUCACAGACUGUCUGUUCUUUGGAGCCAUCGUCUCGGCCACGGACCCCGUGACGGUGCUGGCCAUCUUCAACGAGCUGCACGUGGACGUGGAUCUGUACGCCCUGCUGUUCGGAGAGAGCGUGCUCAACGACGCCGUGGCGCUGGUUCUGUCCUCGUCCAUUGUAGCCUACCAGCCACAAGGGGACAACAGUCACACGUUUGAGGUCAUGGCGGUGCUGAAGUCUUUCGGGAUGUUCGUCGGAGUUUUCAGCGGCUCUUUUGCUCUGGGAGUGGCCACCGGGGUCGUCACGGCUCUCGUCACCAAGUUCACCAAGCUGAGGGACUUCCCGCUGUUGGAGACCGCUCUGUUCUUCCUCAUGUCGUGGAGCACAUUCCUGCUGGCUGAAGCCUGUGGCUUCACAGGUGUGGUGGCUGUGCUGUUCUGUGGCAUCACUCAGGCUCAUUACACCUUCAACAACCUGUCUCCUGAUUCCCAAGACAGGACCAAACAGCUGUUUGAGCUGCUCAAUUUCCUGGCAGAGAACUUCAUUUUCUCCUACAUGGGUCUGACCCUCUUCACCUUCCAGAGCCACGUCUUUAAUCCCAUGUUCAUCGUUGGAGCGUUUCUGGCCGUGUUCCUGGGAAGAGCCGCGAACAUCUACCCGCUCUCGUUCCUUCUUAACUUUGGACGACGCAACAAGAUCAAAUCCAACUUCCAGCACAUGAUGAUGUUCGCCGGACUGCGGGGCGCGAUGACCUUUGCCCUGUCCAUCAGGGACACGGAGACGUACGCCCGUCGGAUGAUGUUCUCCACCACUCUGCUCGUGGUCUUCUUCACAGUUUGGGUCUGUGGGGGUGGUACCACCCAGAUGUUGUCCUGCCAGAAUAUUCGCGUGGGAGUGGACUCUGAUCAAGAUAACUCUGUGAGCAUCACUGACGGCUCAGAGAGGAGAAGCACCAAACACGAAAGUGCCUGGCUUUUCAGAAUUUGGUACAACUUUGACCACAACUACCUGAAGCCCAUCCUGACUCACAGCGGCCCCCCCCUCACGGCCACGCUGCCUCCCUGCUGCGGCCCCCUCGCCCGCUUCCUCACCAGCCCCCAGGCCUUCGAGAACGAGUGCCAGUUGAAGGACGACGACUCCGACCUCAUCCUGACGGACGGCGACAUCAACCUGACCUACGGCGACGUCACCGUCUGCACGGACGCGUCGGGCUCCCACGCGAGCGCCGGUGCAGGCGGCGCCGCCGCCGACGACCUGGACCGGGAGUUGACGUACGGAGACAACGAGCUGGUGAUGAGGGGCACGCGCCUGGUGCUGCCCAUGGACGACUCCGACCCGCCCUUUACGGACCCCCCCCACCACCGCCUGAGGAUGUGAAGGGGGUCGACCGUCCGACUCUGACUGACCCAGAGCCGCUGAGCGAGCGACCAGUACCUGACCCUCCCUCUUUUGCUCCUCCCCCCCCCGUUUACUCUCGCCUCACUCCUCUUCCCCCCCCCACACAUUUGCUGUCCUCCUCUCACUUCCUCUAGUGGCACAUCACCGUCUCUACCUCAUUCUCGCUCUGCUCGUCUCCACCUCUCGCCGCCAUCGGCCAUUAUUAUUUAUUUGCAGCGUUUUAUCGGUUGAAAUCGAACACGUUGUGUGUCAGUCGCCUCACUGUAGCAUCGCGCAGAGAUCUAGCAGCAUGUGACAGAAGGUCAAUGCAAGUACCAAUAUAUCACAGGAGUACUAUAACUUUGAUAUGCAUGCCGAGGAUGCUUGCUGUUUUCUUCUCACGGGAGGUCCAGGGCUUUUUGUGUUUUUGGGUCCGACCUUGAGCGUUGCUGCCGUCUCUCUGCUCAUCAAAGGCAAGCCGACCCAGCCGACGACUCUACUGUACAUUUGUGUUACAAUUCAAGUGCCUGGGAAUUGUAGUUUUGAGCCUGGCAACUCGUACUGGAUCCGCUCAUGGAAGCAAAGCCCGUUGGUGAUGGGCUGCAGUUUUUCUUUGUAAAACAAAGAGGCCAAAAAAUAAGUAUAGAAUAAAACCUAAACAGACACAUCCGUCCAUAAGGUAACAAUAAACUCUGUUUGUGCUAUUUGCCUGUAAAUACUGUGUAACAAUGUUGAUCCCUCCCAAUGACCUUUGACUGUGACAUAGAGAGGAACAUUACACCUUUAAUUUGCUCACAGCUGAGCGAAGGGUUGUUGUUGUCGUCGCUGUUUCCAAAACGAGAUCCAAAGGAGUUCUGACGGAGAGAGAAUUAUUUCUCUCUUGGAUCUUGACAUUUUUUGAAAAAUGAAUGCAGUCUACCUUGUAGUGUUUUGCGUUAUUUUUGCAGAGCUAGAGAACAUUGGGCUGAGUCACACAUUUUACAUAUUUAGCUUUAAACAUACAUUUUUACAAACGUGAUCAUUAAAUUCACUUUUUUGACUAAACAUUUGUCAAACCAAAAUCCUGUGUUUAUGAUUCUAUUUGGGCUGCAACAAAUUCUAAUGAAACUGAAUCGUUUCCCAACGACGGCAAUGAAAUAUCAGUGAAUAACAAACUUUAAUCAAUUCAUUGCUGUAACGAGCAGAUAUUUUGCCUGAAAAGAACCCCAGACAUGCUGGAUGUUUCCCUCUGUUGGUUGAACACAGAGUGGAUGCGAGAGGACGAUGAUGAGGGUGAUGAGGGUGAAGGAAAUAGUUAAAGUGAGAGAGGUGUGUUUGCACGAUACAGCGGUGGAAGCAAGCGCAGACUCUCACGGUUUUCUUCUGCUGUGCAGGAACUUGUUAUUGAAAGUAUUUUUUUAAUCAGCUUGCCUCUUGAAGCCACAUUGUCCAGGAAGUGAUUUCUUUCUGAUUUUCUUUUUUUUUUUUUUUAACCAUUUAUACUUUUCGUGGUUUGAAAAAUUUAAAUUUUAUUUUGUGGAAGGGGAAAAAGUGAAGUAAAAAACAUUGAAAGGUUCAAAGUUUGCACUCAUCCAUUUAAAAUGUUUUUUUGAUCUACUUAUUACAGCUUCUUUUAUAUUAUUCACCUUUUUAUGUUUUGGAAGAUGGUGGAAAAACAAGCAAACUCGUGUGAGUUCACUGAACCUGGAACAAAUGUUAGGUUGGUUUAUUGAUGUUUUGAUGGUACAGAACCGGCUCCACGCUGCAGAGGCUGUCCUUUUAUACUGCUGUUCCAUCUCAUCCCUUCACCAUUCGGGUACCUCGUGCGUGUGUUUGAAUGCUGUUGCCAUGACGCCGACAUAGCAUUGCUCAUUCAUCUCCCUCUGUUGUUCGGGAGGAAAAAAAAAUGGUUAAGAGAUCUAUAUAUAUAUAUACAAGCAGAAUCGUGUGCCGCUGUUCUUCAACUGACACUUGAAAUCAUGUGAAAUUUGCAAAAAGCUGAUGUAGGUUUUGUGUGUUUGACUAAUACUCUGUUCAUUUCUUUUGGUUUCUCUGGGCUUUGAUCAUUGGAGAUCCAGUCAGACGUAGCUGACCAAAGAGGCCUGCUGUGCUUUGUGUUUUCAUCUCUCUUUAUACUGCAAAGUGUGUGUGUGUGUGUGUGUGUGUGUGUGUGUGUGUGUGUGUGUGUACACUUGAGAAGGAGGGAGGUGUUCUUUUUCUCUCUUCCCGUGUUUGACUGUUUCUGUGUGAAUAUACUCUCAUUAAUGCAACACGGUCAAUAAACAAAAGCCUGUGCUUUUUUUUUUUUUUUGAUUGAAUCUCUUUUCUCUCUUUGAUUCGCCGCCUCGUUUACGUGAUUUUAUUGCAAGUCGUUGUUGUGUAAGAAUGAAGCUGUCGCUCCUGACAUCAUCCUCUUUGUCUUCCGGAGUGCAGAAGAACAUUAGUGAUUCUACUUCAGUUGAAUAAAUCUGAGAUUCCCACUUUAGUUUGGGCGGCUGUGGUUUUCCACACGGCGGUGCAGCACCACCAGAAGGUUACAAUAAAAACGGUCUUUAGGAUUGCGUCAUGUUUUCUGGUUGUGCGUUCUGGUUCAUUCUCAUAAAUGUGGUAACUCAGAAACACCUGGGGGGGAUUGAUUCAUUAAUAAUUCACCUUGCUCUAAUAACAACAUCCAAUUCUCCUAAUUUGACCUUUACUUACCGGGACUUACAGAUCGUUUGUAAAUUGAUCCACUCGUUUUUGUCACUUGUUGUUCCCAAACAUAUUGAUGUGACAUCUUUCAUCUCUCAUCCGCCCUUGAUAAGUGGGCAAAGUGGUGUUAUUAUAAAAAAAAAAAUUAAAAAGCCCCUAGCCGAAGGCUGAUGACGUU